CACAGAGUCGCACGCACGCCUCCUCCCCUCCCUCCCCCCCUCACUUCCCACGCCUCCUCACCGCGCGCAGAUCGGAGGAAUGGUGAGCGCGUCGAGCCUGCUCCUCCCGACCUCCGUGCGGGACCUGGCCUCCUGCGUCUCCGACGGCGCCGUCCGCGUCGCCUGCACCAGCCCGGCGUCCACGCUCACGGUCUCCUCCUCCUCCUCCACCACCUCCUCGCCGCCGCCGGCCACGCUCUCCGUCGCCAUCUCCUACCGCGCCACCCCGCAGGCCCCGUCGUCGCCGCCGCUCUUGCUGCGCCUCACCUGGUCGCACUCCCGGCACGGGCCCCCGACGCUCUCCUUCGCCGGACCCACCGCGUCGUCCCCCGCCGUCCUCCUCCGCCGCCGCAGGGGCACCUACUGCCUCCCCUCCUCCACCUCCACAUCCACCCACAUCCCCCCGCUCGCUCUCUUCUGGGACCUAACCGCCGCCAGGUACAGUCCGGCCUCGUCCCCGUCCCCGGAGCCAGCCUCCGGGUUCUACGUCGUCGCCGUCGCCAGCGCCGAGGUGGUGCUGGCCGUGGGCGACCUGGCGGCGGAGUUCAUCAAGGCGAAGUUCGAGGGCCAGAUCCCCUGGGCGCGGUCCAUCCUCCCCGUGUCCCGCACCGACCGGGUCGUGGCGGCGGCGCCGCGGCCGGGCGGGGCGGUUCACACGGCGCGGGUCCGGUUCGGCGAGGGCGCGCCGGAGCACGAGGUGGCCGUGGGCUGCUGCCGCGCCGGCGCCGGCAGGCCCGGGGAGGAGGAGCUCUGGGUCAGCGUGGACGGCAAGCGCGCCGUGCACGCGCGGCGCCUGCGCUGGAACUUCCGGGGCAACCAGACGGUGUUCGUGGACGGGGCGCCCGUCGACGUCCUGUGGGACCUCCACGGCUGGUGGUUCCAGGACCCGCCCGGCUGCGCCGUCGUGAUGCUCCGCGCCAGGAGCGCGCUCGAGAGCCGGCUCUGGCUGGAGGAGGAGGCCAGGGCGCCCGGGUUCGCGCUCCUCGUGCAGGCCUUGAGGACGCCGCCCUGAUCUUGGUGGUCCUUUGAAUCCUGAUGAAGAGGUCAAAUGCUCACUGCCUGCUGGUUGAUCAUGUUUCCUUUUGACUAGGGAAUUUGGUGGGUGGUAUUUAGCAAACCAAACCAAAUCCAGCCGGGGGGGAAUGGUGGCUGCGUUGGCAAUCUAGACGUUUUUAGGUUCCGGUGUGUGGAAUGGGUUUGGGAAGGACACCAUGGAUUUUCAUGUGGUUUUGGUAUACCAAGAGGAGAUAUAUUGAUC